CUCUCACUCACAACUCGAAGCAACAUGGCUCCCUCUCACAACAUCGUCGAGAUCGGCUCGACAGCCGCGCUCGACCAGAUCAUCAAGAACCUCGCAAAAGACCAGCUCCUCGUCCUUGACUUCCACGCUGUGUGGUGCGGCCCGUGCCAUGCCAUCGCACCCGUGUUCCAGCAGCUUGCGGACAAGUUCCCCCACGUCAAGUUUGCCAAAAUCGAUGUCGACGCUCAGCAGGAGCUCGCGCAGCGGUACCGCAUCAGCGCGAUGCCCACGUUCAAGUUCAUCAAGAACGGCACCCCUGUGGACGAGCUCCGCGGCGCUUCUCCUCCCCAGCUGCAGGCCAAGGUCGCCCAGCACGCUGGCUCGCCCCCUGCCCCCAAGCCCAAGCCCGCGCCUGUGGUUCCCACUGGACCUGUCGAGGUCUCGCUGCACCACCUCGUGAAGGCGGACGGCCUCAAGGGCCUGGGUGAGGCGGCUGACCACCCCCUGUCGUCGAUUAUCGGCCCCAACUCGGGCCCUAAGGGCAACAGCUACGUUGAGUCGGCCACUGACCCCAAGCUGCUUCUCGUGAUCCCAUUCUCCAAGCCCGUGCAGCAGAUCAACGCCGUCACCUUCUUCGCCGUCGUCGCCGACUACCAGGCACCCAAGACGGUCAAGCUGUUCGCCAACCCUUCCGCCAGCCUGGACCUCGCGUCAGCCGACUCGACCCCCGCGACACACGAGCUCAGCUUGUCGUCCGCCGAUAUCCGUGGCAACCGCAUCGAGCUGCCGUCGGCCAAGUUCAAGAACGUCUCGACUGUCGCCGUGUACAUCCAGGACAACCAGGAGGGCGAGGAGACGACGCGCCUCGACUCUGUCGAGUUCUUUGGCAUUGAGAACUGAGGCAGCGGUUGAGGCAACGGGCGCUAGCGCAGUGACGACGUAUUCUGGAAGGACUUUUGGGGCGAGGCGAAGGGCGGCCAUCUCCGGUGUCCUUAUUCGGAUUUGCCGAUCCCCCCGCACGUGGCCAGCCAUCAGGUAAGGCCUGAAGGCCAAAACAAGACGACAGCCACUCGGCGUGCCAAACACAUAAUGCUUGGCGAAGCGCGUGUGUGUUGUCGGUGCAAUGUAUGAUAUGUAGAAGUGCAUGCGACGAGUAGUGGUGCUUACGAAUA